AUGAACGAUGUUCAUUCUGUUGCUGAAGUUAAACUUAAGAAUAAGUUAAAUGUAUUUUACAUUGUUACAUCUAAACGUACAUAUUACGUUCAGGCUACAAGUAAAAAAGAGCUUGAUGAAUGGGUGGAAGCAAUAAACAAAGUUAAGAAAGUGCAAGAAGAACAACUUUUACAUGAGGAUACAGGAAGUCAAGCCGAUAGUGAAGAUAUGUCAGAGAAGACUCCUUCCAUGAUGCGAAUUUCUACUCAGUUGCCUACUCAAAAAGUUAAAUCACCUUUGUCCGGGUCAACUUCUCCAGUCUUGAACAAUUCCCUAACAUCUCCAGAAAAAGCGACAGCUGCUAUUGAUAUUCCUCCGAGAAAUCAACUUCAAACUUCUGAUUAUAACGCAGAAGGAGGUCAUUCUUUCGCGUCAGUUUCAUCAUAUACCUCAGCAGGAUCAAUUCCUAAUGUGUCUUCUUCCCCUUCAAGUCCAGUUGCGGGACAAUAUGCAAAAGAUAGUAGUGAUCCUACGGCUAGUUCUGAAGACGAAGACGUAUAUGAGGAUAUGGUCGACGAAUUAGAUGAUGGCCGUAUAAUUCACAAAGGAUUUGUAUACAAAUUAGAUCGAUAUAAGAAAAUUUGGAAGAAAAGGUGGUUUGUAUUGAAGAAUGAUCGACUGUUCUAUUACAAGAACCCUAAGCCUCAUCAAAAUAUUAAUCUUGCAGACAUUCUUGAUGUAAUUGAAGCAGAUCCGAUUUCUAAAUCUAAACAAAAUUGCUUCAAAGUAAUCACACCAAAACGUACAUAUAUUUGUUGUGUUAGUAGUGAAGAAUCUCAGGUUGCAUGGUUGGCAGCCCUUCAAGUAGCUCUUAGUAAGAAAAAGGAAAAACAAAAAGAAACUGAAUCGAGCUAA